ACUUCCUCAUUAGAUCACUUCUAACUCAAUCUAUUCCUGAAGCGCACUAUGGAGAUGAAAAAUGUUUACUCUGAGUUGCAGCAGACAUCAGUGGAUGUCUAUCAAACAGUAAGCACACCUGAAGAUGAGAAAAUAGAGAAGCAGAAGAGUGGACCAAUUCCAGAAGCACCAUCUAUGGAAAUGGACACUGAAUACACCAGCCUGCAAAAACCACCAGAGAACAUCUACGCAACAGCAAAUCUGCCCAAGGAUGGGGGAAAGGAGGAGCCACCAAGUGACACAUCAGCAGCACCAUCUAUGGAAAUGGACACUGAAUACACCAGCCUGCAAAAACCACCAGAGAACAUCUACGCAACAGCAAAUCUGCCCAAGGAUGGGGGAAAGGAGGAGCCACCAAGUGACAUAUCAGCAGAAGCACCGUCUACGGAGAUGGAUGCUGGUCUACAAAAACCACCAGAGAACAUCUACGCAACAGCAAAUCUGCCCAAGGAUGGGGGAAAGGAGGAGCCACCAAGUGACACAUCAGCAGGUCUUGCUGGUCGGAAAGAGUCCUUCUACAAAAAGACUUCCCUCCUGCUUACUGUGAUCUGCUGCCUGCUGGUUUCCAUCGUCCUGGGCCUGAGUGUUCUCUCUUCCAGGACGUCUCAAGGAAAUGGUGAGGAGAAUAGCAGCCCUAUUCCAGUUGAUCCUGAACAGGAGGAGAAAGUGAAUGAAGUCAGCAAAGGCCUCCCCACACACUCCAGCUUCAAAGGGAAUUGCUCCGAUAUGGAGUCCCUUUUCUUUGAGGCAGUGUCGGGGAGCAAUAUCACAAAAAACUGCAACAGUCAAAUGUGUGAAUUGUGUUUGAAGGGCUGGGUGCUGUUCAGUCACAAGUGUUACAUGUUUUCAAUGGAUAUCAUGCCCUGGAAUGCCAGCCAGGCUCAGUGCAGAUCAAAGGGCGGUGACCUGGUGAAGAUACAGAGUGAGGAGGUGCAGAAAUUCAUCUCAAAGACGGCUCAAAAGAAGGGUGGCUUUUACUUCUGGAUUGGAUUGGCUGAUCAAACCAAGAAAGGAGAAUGGCGCUGGGUGGACAACACGCCUCUGAGAAGAGGAUAUUGGCGGCAGGGUAUUACCUCUACUGGCAAUGAAAGGGAGUGUGCAGGCAUCAACCCCCUAUCGAAUGCCUUGAACAACUGGGACCAGUCAGUCUGCGGAGCAUACAGCAGAAGAAUCUGUGAAUCCACAGCUGUGCGUUUGUUUAACAAAGCAAACAACAAUGACAACCUUGUACUUGCUUAGAGUAUUGCUGGUGCAAUAAUUCAAGUAUUUAACUUCAAACAAUGAAAUCUGAUUCUAACACUUAACAGACAAAGUCUAAUUAGUAAUUUUACAUUAACAUUUACAUUAAAUAAAUAAAAAGUUAACAAUAUAAAAAAAAAAUCAUUUCCUAAUCACACUGGACACAGUAAAUGUGAUUUAAUUGAUUACUGUAAUCCAAUUCUGCUGUACAUAAACCCAUUCUACUUUGUUACACUUCUGAGAUUACUUUUACUAUGUUAUAAAAUAUUUUUAGUUUAUUGGACUAGAGUGAAAAUAAAGAGUUCAAAACAUUAGCUUUCAAGAUCACAGACUUUUGCAUUUGGAUGUUGCAUAGCCUAGUGGGUUUGGAUAUUGCUGUUCACAUGCUAAAAUAAAGGAAUUUGAAAUAUGCAGAAAAGCAGCAUUCUGA